GUUUUACGAUGUUAUUUCAGGAGAUCUGACUGCCCCACCUGUAAUCAAAGAACCCUCUCAAAUACUAAAUGUGGAAUGGAUACAAGUUGCUCUAAAUGUAGCAAGUGCAAGAUGCAUUGUUUUUGUAAAG